AUGAACAAGGUGAUCGCAGCCUACGACUACUCGGAAUAUUCGGUUGUGACCACUGACGCAAUCGGAUGGUACGGGAGGGUUGUGUAUUGCCGCUAUAUGGACGAAAAUAAUCAAGAAAUUGGAGAAAGCGCACGCUCUAUCGUAUUUCCUGAAUCGGUAGUGCAUUGCUGCAGCCGGAAUGGAACAGCAUACAUGACAGUCACAAAGGAUGCAGAUGGUGCAGUUGAGCAGCUUGUGCAGCUGAUCGAUAGAAAACAUGAUGCGCCCAAGUACUACUUGUCGCUUUGUUUGGCUCCUAUCUAUGGAAGCCAAAGAAAAUAUCUUGUGCUUGUCGAGUUAUUUGAGCAUUUGAAACUGCAAGGUGUCGAACAUUUCUACCUAUAUGUCAAAGAAAUAGACAAAUACUCUCAAACGCUCAUCGACGACUACAUUAGGGAGGAACAAGCCGAAGUUAUAAGUUUGCCUACCGAACAUGAGAUCAUUUUCUGCCCCCAAUUAGUAGCUGCAGCGGACUGCUUGCACAGAAGUCGUCACCACUCUCGUUAUGUUUUGUUCUCUGAUCUGGACGAAAGAUUCUUCUCUCCCAAAGGCUACACUUUGGAAUCUUUUGUUAGGGAAAAAUUGCAAAGUGCACCAGGAAGAGGAGCCAUGCGUUUUACAUCAAGAUGGGUUCUUCGAACACCUCCUCCUCAAUCAGAUUAUGAGGGAGAGAAGACGCUUAAACAACACUUGCCUAUGCUUGUUUUUCAUAAUAGUUCUGCAGUCCCUAAUGUGAGAAUUGUGCAGAAGUUAGUCCUAGAUCCUAGGAAAGUGCUGAACAUUUACGUACACCAUGUGGAAGCGUACUACCCUGGUUACGAGGGAUAUGAAGUUCCCUUCCAAGAAAUGCACAUUCGACACUACCGCGACACUUCUACAUGGGAUAAACAAUGGUUUGAUCGGUUAGCUGGAUUCGGCCCAUAUGAGAUCACGUCGUAUCCAGAAGUACAUAUGAAGAAGUUGUUUGAGAAUAUAAAAAAUAAGCUAGAUAGAAUUUAUGGUCAUAAAACUAUGUUCUCACACUAG